UUCUCUCUCCUCCACACUCCCUCCCAAACUCAACAGCAACACACACUACUCUCACACACAAAAACUCAUCAAAAUAGAUAUCCAUGGCUGCCUCAGCUCCAUGCGCAAAUUCUUGGAUUAGAACAAAUCAUCACAACAAUCCCAACACCACCAAAUGCUCCCUCCAAACCCCCACCCUCCGCUUCCCCCACCACUCCGCCACUGCGCCGCCGCAGAUUGUAAAGAAAACCGAUUCCCAAUCAAAACCGGAAUGGAAUUUAAUCCAGAAGGCCGCGGCGGAGGCACUCGACGCGGUGGAGAAAGCGUUGAAGCACCACGAGCUCCAGCAGCCGCUCCCGAAAACGGCCGACCCCGGCGUCCAAAUCGCCGGAAAUUUUGCUCCGGUGCCGGAGCAGCCGGUGCGCCACCGCCUCCCGGUCACCGGAAAAAUACCGGAGUCUAUUAAAGGCGUCUACGUCCGCAACGGCGCGAAUCCGCUCUUCGCGCCGGAGGCCGGCCACCACUUCUUCGACGGCGACGGGAUGAUCCACGCAGUCGAAUUCGGCGAGGGAGGGCACGUCAGCUACGCGUGCCGGUUCACCGAAACAGAGAGGCUUACACAAGAGCGCGCCCUCGGAAGGUCGAUUUUCCCGAAGGCGAUCGGCGAGCUCCACGGCCACUCCGGCGUGGCGAGGCUGCUCCUAUUCUACGCGCGCGGCUUGUUCGACCUCGUCGAUCACCGCCGCGGAUGCGGCACCGCCAACGCCGGCGUCGUCUACUUCAACAGCCGCCUCCUCGCGAUGUCGGAGGACGAUCUCCCUUACCACGUUAGAAUCACCGGAAAUGGCGAUCUGGAAACCGUCGAGCGUUACGAUUUUAACGGACAAUUGGAAUCGGAAUCGACGAUGAUCGCUCAUCCGAAAAUCGAUCCGGUAUCCGGCGAGCUCUUCGCCCUCAGCUACGACGUAAUCAAAAAGCCUUACCUCAAAUACUUCAGAUUUUCCAAAAAUGGCGAAAAAUCGAAGGAUGUUGAAAUUCCGGUUUCCGAUCCAACGAUGAUGCACGAUUUCGCGAUCACCGAGAAUUUCGUGGUGAUUCCAGAUCAGCAGGUGGUGUUCAAGCUAUCGGAGAUGUUCCGCGGCGGAUCUCCGGUGGUGUACGACAAAAGCAAAACGGCGAGAUUCGGCGUGUUGAGCAAGUAUGCUGAGGAAGCUUCUAGAAUGAAGUGGAUAGAGGUGCCUGAUUGCUUCUGCUUCCAUCUCUGGAACGCGUGGGAGGAGGCGGAGACGGAGGAGAUCGUCGUGAUCGGAUCGUGUAUGACUCCGCCGGAUUCGAUCUUCAACGAAUGCGACGAAGGAUUGAAGAGCGUCCUCUCCGAGAUCCGCCUCAAUUUAAAAACCGGAAAAUCGACACGCCGCCCGAUCCUCUCCGGCGACGAUCAGGUCAAUCUGGAGGCCGGAAUGGUCAACCGCUGUAAACUCGGCCGGAAAACGAACUACGCAUACCUCGCCAUCGCGGAGCCGUGGCCGAAGGUCUCCGGCUUCGCGAAGGUCGACCUCGUCACCGGAGAAACCAAAAAAUUCCUCUACGGCGAGAACAAAUACGGCGGCGAACCGCUCUUCCUACCAAGAGAUCCGACCGCGGCGGAGGACGACGGAUACAUCCUCGCCUUCGCGCACGACGAGGCGGCGUGGAAAUCGGAGCUGCAAAUCGUCAACGCCGCGACGAUGGAGCUCGAAGCUACGGUGCAGCUCCCCUCGAGAGUUCCGUACGGAUUCCACGGCACGUUCGUCGGGGCGGAGGAGCUCACCGGACAGGCGUGAUCGGAGAUCGGCGGCGGAGGAGAGACGCCUGAGGGAUUGUUAGGGAUACAUCCCCGGAGUUUCGCCGCCGGCUGAUUUUGGCGCCUUUUAUUUUUCAAAAUUUUAGUGUGAGGGGGUUUUAGGAGGAAACUGUUUGUAGCUUUGGUGUAGAUAGAAAAUGGAAGCUCAGCGGUUUCUUCUCUUCAUUCUUUCACGCAUAGUGUGUGGGAUUUGAUACACAUAUUUAACUUAGGAAUAAAAUCAAAUACUUUGUAUACUUCAAUUUUUAUGAAUGUGAGUAUAUAUGAAUCCUCUGUUUUUUCUAUGUUA